GUCAUCAACAACCAAUCAGAAUGAACCCGGAACUAUACGACUAUGUACGUUACGUCUUACGUCAACGUCUAGCUUACGUGCUCGUUCCAGCGGAAACUCGGAGCAGCAUUUCUGAGAGUGAGAUAAUAGUGGUCUGUGUAGGCUGUUGAUGUGACCAAGCCCGUCGACAAUGGCAGCGUGGCAGGAAUACUAUCGGGACGAGGAUGAUGAGGUUGAACAGGAGGAAGGGGAGGAACUUACUGUGGAUUACAAGUACAGUGGGCGUGACAGUCUGGUGUUUCUGGUGGACGCCUCCAAGGAGAUGUUUAUAAAGGGAGAAAAUGGAGAGCCUUCCAACUUCGACAUGACCAUGGAGUGUGUCCGCAACGUCUACACCAGCAAGAUCAUCAGCAGCGACCGGGACCUGAUGGCACUGGUGUUCUACAGCACUCAGCACACCCAGAACUUCCAGAACUCCUUCAAGAAUGUCUAUGUUUACCAUGAUCUUGACUCACCUGGAGCCAAGCGGGUGCAGGAGGUGGACAGCCUGCGUGGGGAGAAGGGGGCAAAGCUGGCUGGCGAGACCCUGGGUAGCGGGGAGACGUCGCUGGGCGACGCGCUCUGGUGCUGCUCCAACCUCUACAGCGACAUCAAGCUGCGUCUCUCCCACAAGCGGCUCAUGAUCUUUACCUGCCGGGACAAUCCCCAUGACGCGGAUGCGGGCCGCGACCUGAGCGCCCGCACCAAGGCGGGGGACCUCAAGGACACGGGCGUGGUCAUCGAUCUGAUGCAUCUGAAAAAGCAGGGGGGUUUCGACAUCUCCCUCUUCUUCUGUGACAUCAUCAGCAUCCCUGAGGGUGAGGAGGACCUUGGGCUGCAGAUGGAGCCCUGCUCCAAGCUGGAGCAGCUGCAGAAGAGGGUGCGGGCCAAGGAGAUGAAGAAGAGGGCACAGACUAGGCUGAGGCUGUCUCUAGGUGAUGGCGUGAGCAUUGCAGUGGGUUUGUACGUGCUGGCCAGGAAAGCCACCAAGCCGUCCGCCGUCCGCCUCUACCGGGACACCAACGAGCCCGUCAUCACCAAGACCCGCCUCUACAACACACAGACAGGUGGCCUGCUGCUGCCCAGUGACACCAAAAGGGCCCAGGUGUACGGGAAGAGGCAGAUCGUGUUUGAGAAGGCUGAGGUUGAGGAGCUGAAGAGGUUUGAUGAGCCGGGUCUGGUCCUCAUGGGCUUCAAGCCCAUGAACCGGCUAAAGUUGCACCAUCACAUCCGGCCCUCGCUCUUCGUGUUCCCUGAGGAAGAGAUGGUCACGGGAAGCUCCUGCCUGUUCACAGCCCUGCUGCGUCGGUGCAGUGAGAGGGGUGUGUUCGCCGUGUGCAAAUACACCCCCCGGCACAACACGCCGCCGCGUUUCGUGGCCCUGGUUCCCCAAAGGGAGGAGCUGGACGACGACAAAGUGCAAGUCACACCUGCGGGGUUCCACUUGAUAUUCCUGCCAUACGCGGACGACGUGCGGACUCUGGACACCCCGAAGUUCCCCCCUGCUGAUGGCUCGCAGGUCGAGAAGAUGAAGGAGAUCGUGCAAAAGCUGAGGUUCCCUUACAGGAGUGACUCUUUUGAGAACCCUGUCCUGCAGCAGCACUUCAGGAACCUCGAAGCUUUGGCGUUGGACAUGCUGGAACCUGAACCCAUAGAAGACUUGACACUGCCCAAAGUGGAGAUGAUUGACCGCCGUCUGGGACCUCUGGCACAGGAGUUUAAGGACUUGGUUUAUCCUGCUGGCUACAACCCCGAGAGCAAGUCGACGACCAAGCGUAAACCCGCCGUGGCAGGGGGCGGAGCAGAGAAGAAGCCCAAGUUAGAGGUAUCCGAGGAAGACCUGCGGGCUCACGUGAAGAACGGCACUCUGGGAAAGCUAACUGUGCCGGUCCUUAAGGAGGCCUGCAAGCAGUUUGGGGUGCGGACCACUGGCACUAAGAAGCAGGAACUUAUUGAUGCACUAAUCGCACAACUGUCAAAAUGAGCCAAAUGUAAAGGGUGGAGCUUCUGCUGAUUGGUGGAUUGAAUUAUUUGGACAGCAGAAAGAGAAGCCUUAAAAUCCUAAUUGAAAUCAUCCAGCUCUACAUUUACUGCUGCCAGUUUGGUUACUUUGGUUAGUCUCACAACCGUGCUGCCCCUCCGGGGGUGCCGAUGAUGCCCCCUGCAGCAUUACAGUUGAUAUUGCACCACGAGACCAACAGCGCUUUAUACUGUAGGGAGACUAUGUGCGGUUUUCCUGCAAAUUGACUUGAUCUCAUAUCCAAGGCUGCACCGAGCUGGUGACAGGAAUAUGAUUUUCUCUUAAAUUGCGUUUUGAUACAAGAUUAAUAAAACAAAGUUUUCAUGCUGUGAUUUA